AUGAGACCCAAGGAACAUCCCGAGCUUAUCUUCGAUGUGAUCCCCAAGUUGUACGAGCAGCACUUCAAGGUGUUUGUGACUCACCUGGGCAACAUGCAAGAGCAGCUGCUUGUCCUGCCCCGCAAGUUCUGCCGAAUGUACACCACCCGUCCCUUGGCUAAUCAAUUGCUCAAGUAUCUAAGGUCCCGCCAGGCGAAGAUCGAGGAGGCGGAUUUUGAGGUGGUGGAGGAGUGCCAGCCUUUCUCGUUGCGCCUCAGCGAUGGCAAGCGUUUAGAGGCGAUGCUCUGUCCUGGAAGUAAACUUGGCCACAAUCUCAUUCUGCUCAUUCGUCGGCCAACGAAUGUUGGCAAGCUCCUCUACUGCUAUUCGGCGGUGAAGCUAGAAAGUCUCGGUUGUCUGCUGGCCAAUUCUAUAUUUAAUUCCUGGAUCGCUCAGGGUACAGAGCAAUUGUAUCUGAAUCUCUCGUCCGUUAAUGUGCCCUUUGAGCCCGUGGACUUUGACGAGUUGGCUGCCAACAUUGAAGAAUAUCGUAAAAGUCACAAUGCUGUGGUGCUGCUCGAGCUGCCGCUCUUUGGUUACGAGGAACUCGUCUGGCAAUUGAAUUACACGAAGCUUCAUGGUCAUAUCCGUCUCUUAGGUGACUUUCAAGAGAGCUUCGAGUGCCUCAAUUCCGAGCUGAAGCUUGUACCGGGAAGGCUGACCAAAGUCCAUGUCAGCGCCAUCCAGAAUUCAAGCGCGGAAGAUAGCCAAGCGGAGGAGGAUGAGAAGGUUGCCACUGUUCACUUUCCCCUGGGAAUAAUCAAGUGGUCGCCACUGCCAACGAGAAUGCAUCUGCGGCAACUAUGCAGCCUGCUGCGUCCCGAUCACAUUCAGGGUAUUGUGCCCUUUCAUGCGGUGGGCAAUGUUCCACCAGCUCCAGAAUUUCUUCAAUGUUUCAGGUCCAAAUAUUUUGUGGGAAGCAAGGAAAAGGAGCCUUCAUCAAAGGAGAUUCAGACGAAACCAACAAAGGAAAAGGAAAAGCAGAAGGCACCUCUAAGGAUUAUUGGCACUGCCAAGCGUUUCGCAUUUGUGGAUGAUGAAAAUGAUUCCGAUUAGAGAUAUAAUUUUUGUAUUGUUAAUUACACAUAUUUGAAAAUAUAAGAAGUUU